GGAAUCAUCAUCAUCAUCAAAAUCAAGCCGCGGUCCGGGAACCGGUCGCUCCUCGACGCCUGGGAUGCCGCCGCGAGCGUCGAACAAGCAAGCAGCCCCGCUCUGCCCUUGAGAAAGUUGGGGGUGGCCGCGGGGCAGAGUGGGAGGGCGCAGUCCGCACGCUCCGCGCGUCCCGGGCUCCCAAAAUUCUCGCCGGCUAUAACCGCCCCCCUCCCUCCCCUCUCCUCGCCCCCCUCGUACGUGUAUAGGCGCCCGGGCCUGGGACGGGACGGUGCGUCGCUUGGGCGCGCUCGUAGUGGGACUGCACGAACGACGUAUGCUCCGCGACAAGUCGAGCUUUCGGGUGCUCACAACGGGAGCCGGAUCUGCAUGGACAACGGCACCAACGGCGACCGCGGCACAAUGAGUGGCAAAUGGACGCAAGUCGCGUUCGUGGUGUCCGCCAUCUUGGGCGCGUACCUCUUCAACCGCCAGCGUGUGAGCAUCUAUACCUUCGAGCCGCCGCUGGACGAGAGAAUACCAUGCGCUGCCGUGCCUUCCAUGAUGGAGCGCCGGGAGGACUGUGAGGCCGCUGUGUGUUUGUGGAAGGAGGCCGAGGCACCGUACCCUCGAUGCUUCCAGCCUCGGGACUACUACGGCUACCGGCUGCGCAGCUACUCGGCGCAGGACACGGACCACGUCCUGUUCAACCUGACCUACGCGGGGGGUCCGUACAGCCCUCACUCCGAUGGUCUCAUACCCAACGUACAGUUCCAGGUGAUCAAGUACAGCGACCGCAUCGUGCGCUUCAAGUUCGUGAAUGCCGCAGAGAGGCGCUACGAGGUGCCCGUUCAGGACACCUUCGAGUCCCUCCGCAAGCCUCAGAACGUGUACAACCCGCUGUACUCCUUCAAGAUGGGCUCCAGCAGCCGCGGCGGCUUCUUCCACUUCAGCAUCAUGCGUCGUCACACGGACGUCAAGCUCAUCGACACCAGCAUCGGCGGCCUGGUGAUGACCAACCAGUACCUGCAGUUCGUCACAUACCUGCCGUCGACCAACCUGUACGGCUUUGGCGAGACGGUACGCAAGAGACUGCGGCAUGAGUUCGACUUCACCACUCACGUGAUGUUCGCCAGGGACCAGAUGCUCAAGGACGGCAACAACCUGUACGGCGUCCAUCCAUUCUACAUGUGCGUAGAGGACGGAGGCAAAGCGCACGGCGUACUCCUCCUCAACAGCAAUGCUAUCGAGUACACGCUUCUCAAGGCUCCCGCUCUGCGGCUGGCCACCAUCGGUGGAGUGCUCGACUUCUUCCUUUUCGUGGGCGACAACCCCAUGGAGGUCAUCGAACUUUACGCCAGCGUGAUCGGCAAGCCAUUCCUGCCUCCCUACUGGGCGCUGGGAUUUCAGUUGUCGCGCUACGGUUACGGGUCGCUGGAGAAACUCGCGAAGGUGCUGGAGAGGAACCAGAAGGCCGGAUUCCCCGUGGACGUGCAGCACCUGGAUAUCGACUACAUGGAAAACUCGACCACGUUCACCGUCGACCCCGUGCGCUACGCUAGUCUGAGUGACUUCAUGGCUGAGCAGCGAGAGAAGCACGGACUGCGAUUCGUCGUCAACUUGACGCCGGCACUUCCGAGCACGUCCCGUGCCUACCGGCCGUUCAUGCGCGGCCGCCACUUCAAGACGUUCGUCGAGUACCCGAGCAUGACACCGCUGGAGCGCCGCAGCGUGCCGCCUGUCAACUUCAAGACACACAACAUCAUGUUCGGAAUACUAUGGCCCUGCAGCCCCGUGGCGUACGUGGACUUCUUCAAGAACUACACCGCCCUCUGGUGGAAGAAGGAACUCGCGGAGCUGCGAGAGAAGCUGCCCUUCGACGGCAUCUGGCUGGACAUGAACGAACCGGCCGAGUUCAGCACCAACCGCGGCGCGCUGAGCCCCGCCGUGCGCGAGAAGUGCUUCAAGAACUGGAAGCUGGAGUGCCACGUGACCAUCUUCGACGAUCCGCCAUACCCGACGAGGGCGGCGACUCAGUACGGCCCGGAGGCCCGUCUCAGCGACCGCACCCUGUGCAUGAGCGGCCGCUUGGGCGACACGGAGAGCUACUGGCACUACGACGUGCACAACCUGUACGGCUGGAGCGAGAUGCGCGCCACGCACAGUGCCCUUGAAGAAGUGCUCAGCGAGCGGCAGGUGAUCAUCAGCCGGUCGACGUACCCUUCGAGCGGCCGGUACGGAGGGCACUGGCUCGGUGACAACCAAAGCACCUGGACACACCUCCGCCGCUCCAUCAUUGGCAUGCUGGAGUUCAACAUGUUCGGCAUACCGUACGUAGGCGCUGACAUAUGCGGCUUCUCCGGAAACGUCACAGAGGACCUGUGCGUCCGGUGGAUGCAGCUGGGCGCCUUCUACCCGUUCAGCAGAUCCCACAACGACAUCGGAGCAGUCGACCAGGACCCGGCGGUGUUCAGCGAGGCCGCGCAGGCCGUGAUGAGGAAGGCGCUGCAGGUGCGCUACACGCUGCUGCCCUACCUGUACACGCUCUUCUACGAGGCGCACAGCAGCGGCACGCCCGUCGUUAGGCCUCUGUUCUUCGAGUUCCCGCAGGAACCCCAUACGUACGGCAUCGAUGCGCAGUUCAUGUGGGGCAAGUCUCUGCUCAUCUCGCCAAUCACACGAAAUUACACAUACAUGUCGUUCUACCUGCCUGCGGGACUGUGGUACGAGUACUACGACAACACACCGUUCCUGAGCACGGGCGAGUACAUGGUUCACAACUGGCUCACGCUGAAAACGCCGACGCCGCUGUAUGUUCGGGCAGGUUCCGUGCUCCCGACGCAGACCCCGGGACCGAACACGCGCGACAGGCUCAACAAAACCGUCACCCUGGUGGUGUACCCACACAACGGGAAGGCCUCCGGUACUCUCUUUUGGGACGAUGGCGUCGGGAAACGAAACAUCGAAACCGGUGCCUACGAUUACUUCCGGUUCCACGUCGCCGCUUGUCAGAUGACUAUUAGCCGGCUGCACAAGAACACUGCACCCGUGCCUCUCAUCAUCGGAAGCCUUGUGAUGGUGGGCCAGGAGACCGCGCCCACCCAGCUCUACGUGGAUGAGAAGCAGCAGCGAAAUUCCAUAGCUCCGAUCGGGAACAAGGUGUACGAGUUCAAGGUCCAGCUUAGCCUGCACUUGGACAAUGCGGAGCACAGCGUCGAGUGGGAAGGCGAGGCACACAGAUGCGUCACGUGACAUGACGGAGCAUCGGAAAUAGCAGUCUGGCAACGUCGCGAGGCCACGCAAAAUGCCACCGUGGGCCUCCGCGACGAAAAUUCGAGAGUGACCGGUCUCUCCAGCCACGGCUGUUGCGAGAUGCGCAAAUAAAACAAGGAGAUUCCGAACUUCUGCGGGAACAAA